AUGGCAGGCCAAAUCGAAUACAGUGAUGAUUCAAACUCAAAGCUUAUCGAUAACGAGCUCGCUCUGAACGUUGCUAUUUCGGAGCUUAACCAGUAUAAACAAACAAGUAAUAAUCUUCUAGCUGUUGACUGUGAAGGGGUAUCAUUAAGUAGAAAAGGAGAAUUGACAAUUCUGUCUAUAGCAACGAGAGAAAAAGCGUACCUAUUCGAUGUGCUCAAGAUUGGUAAAGCUAUCUUCAGCGGUGGACUGCAGGAAAUCUUAGAAGACAGCACGCAAGAGAAGUUAACGUUUGAUUGCCGACAAGAUUCGGAUGCACUCUGGCAUCAGUUUAACGUCAAACUUGCAGGAGUGUUGGAUCUUCAGUUGCUUGAAAUCAUGUAUCGCCGUGAGAAUCCCACAUCUGAGAGUGCAAAGCCUUCCCCCAAGACUAAAUUUGGACGGUAUAAACGGCGCAGCCAGUUCACAGAUAAAGUCGAAAAAAUCUAUGGAUAUCGGCGUUGUUUGGAGUUGUAUCUCGAAGAUGACAAAUUGAUUGAAGCGAAAGACAGUGGAGGCAAGCUUUUCAAGAUAAAUAAUAAAGCAUGGAAGGUUAGACCGUUGUCUGAAACGUUGAUUCAAUAUUGUGUCGCUGAUACCAUGGGUAUGUUCAAACUCUACGACAAAAUGAAAGAUAUUUUAAGCAGUGUGGACGGCAAAACCAGACUAAAAAUUGCCUCUGAAAAGUAUGUCGAAUUCUACCGACAGAAGGAGGAAAGGUCCUACGAUGGCUACGAAACCAAUGCUUUUCUUCCGCUCGACAUCAUUCCAGAGAAGGGAAGCACAAGUUUUCCCUUGUCAAAUACGUCUUGUACCCGAUGCAAGCGGCAAUUCCCACGUGAGGAGUUCAGCGUUACCCAGCUGAACAAAGGCGAGCAGAAAUGCAGGGUUUGUAAGGAGAUAAAGCGUCUCGAUGAUGUGCAACGAAACAGGGAAGAUAAUUGGGCCCGAUGUGAUGAUGAAGAAUACAUCGAUUUCCCUGAAUGUGGAAAUGAUUAUUGCUUCACCUGGGGCUGUUCUUGCUGA